AUGGUGGUAAAUAUGAUUAUCAUGGCAAUGGUAGCUCAUGAACUCCAACCAUCUAAUCAAACCAUAUAUCACGUGGGUUCUUCGACAAGAAAUUCUAUGAGAUAUAUUGAUUUCAAACGUUUCAACUACCAAUAUUUCACUGAAAAACCAUGGAUCAAUAAAGAUGGAAAUGCUGUGAAGGUUGGGAAAGUUACAAUCUUCAACAAUAUGGCCAGCUUCCGUAGAUACAUGAAUGUUCGCUACCUAGUUUUUCUGAAGGGAUUGGAAUUCGCAAACAAGGCAUUUUGCCACUCUUUUCAAGACAUGUAUGUCGAUACGAAGAGGAAGUUCAAUUUAGUGAUGCGGCUCAUCGAACUUGACCGCCCUUAUCUAUUCUUCAGUGCCGUUUUUGACGAUACAAAUGCAGAAAGGUUGAGAAGGAAUAUUCAAAACAAAGAUACAGAAACAGAGACAUUCUUCUUGGAUCCUAAAGAUAUUAAUUGGGAGGAUUACUUCAUGAAUGUCCAUAUUCCUGGACUAGUUAAACACAUCUUCAAAUGAUUCUUUCUUAUCAAGUAUGUGUGUAGUAAACUAUCCUCUCCUAAGGCAAAAUCAAAAAGGUAUGGCUUGUGAGCUUGUGAGCUUGUGAGCGUGAAGAGAAUAAAACUUCUCUACUG